CUCUGCUACUAUGUGUCAGCUCUGCUGGUCAUCACGCCGCGAACAUAUUUACUACGGAUUGCGUUUUUGCCACCGUCGUUGUGGCUGACAUACUGCGCUGGGACGAAGGUCGACGUAACCUUGGCAUACAAUGAGCCCAGACUAAAUUACUUCAACCAAGUCCAGAUAGUCAUCGCGACAUACGUUGCUAUCAGACUUUUAGAAUGGAGCUUCCAAAGAUCCCCGCUCAUUAGAUCUGAGGCUACUGGAUCCAGCUCACGGACACACUCGGCGCAAUCACGAGAGCAAGGAUCCAAUAUAACGGAAAGGCUUCGAGACGCCCUGGAUCUGGUGUGUAAUCUGCGUGGUAUAGGUUGGUCCUGGUCAAGAGGCACCUACAUACCGCCGGUUCCUCGGGCCUACCCCAAAUCUAAGGCUACAUUUGUCGGGACCACUCUUGGAUCAAGCCUGUUCCAUUUCACGGUCUUCGACUGUAUCCACUUCACCAUCCAGCUCUGGUCUCCAGAGCUCGCCGACCCGGUCGGGGCUAGCCUGUUUGACGUCGCGCUCCGUCCUGUAGAACGCUAUACGAAGGCCGCUGCUAUCUGCGUAGCCACAGGAUUCAUUGUCUGCCAUGGCCUGCAAGCGGCAUAUCACUUGGCGGCAGCCAUCGGCGUGCUCGUUUUCCAGCAGUAUCCUUCGCAGUGGCCUCCGCUGUUCGAUGAGCCUUGGAAGGCGACAUCAUUAGCCGAUUUCUGGGGCAGGCGGUGGCAUCAGUUGUUUCGCCGGGGAUUUGUUGCCGUCGGGGCCAAGCCGCUGAGCAAAAUAUUCGGCCGGGGCGGGGGCGUGCUGGGCGCUUUCUUCGCGUCGGCCCUCCUGCACGACUGGGCGACCUGGGGCAUGGGAAGGGGGGGCGAAUUCCGGACCGUAGGCCGCUUUUUCGUGAUGAUGGGCGUGGGCGUUGUGAUGGAAGGCGUGUGGCAGAGAUUUACGCUGCGCCGGGUGGGCGGUUGGCUAGGGUCGGUUUGGACUAUGCUAUGGCUGGUCGGGUGGGGUGUUGGGCUCGUCGACGCUUGGUCCCGAAGGGGCUUAGUGGCGAGCAUAUUCGUCCCGGAUAACUGGAGACCUUCCCGGGUUAUCGUGGCAGGGAUGAGCCAGAUGUUUGAUGCGACCGACACAGUAUAG